AUGGAUCGGAUACCAUAUAUAUAUGGACGCACAUUCAGAGCCACACCCACGUGGGCGUGGCUCGGGAUUGAAAUGCUGCCAUCUAGCUCGCCGGAUGGAGGGUCGAAUGGGGUAACUUCUGCGCUCAGUUCUCUUUGGAACGCCUCGUCAGAUAAAGAUGAUACAUGUAGAACGUGGGGGCUGAGCAAGAAAGAGAGGAUAAUUGGGUUUUUCACGUGUCUUGCUCUAGGCCUAAUAUGCUUUGGUCUGGCACUGGCUUUGACUCCAGUGAUAGUUCUAAAAUCAAGAAAGUUUGCUGCAUUGUUCACAAUGGGCAGUCUCUUCAGUAUGAGCAGUUUUUCAUUCUUGUGGGGCCCCAUGGCACACUUGAGCCAUCUCUUAUCCUGUGAACGCCUUCCAUUCACACUUGGGUACUUGGCUACUGCUGUUGGUACGCUCUACUGUGCUCUGAGUUUGCACAGUACCAUCCUCACAAUCAUUCUGGCAGGAGCACAAAUUCUAGCUUUUCUUUGGUUCCUAGUCAGCUACAUACCAGGAGGUACUAGUGGACUCAAACUGAUGGUAAAGUUGUUUUCCCGACUGUUUUCUUCUACUAUUUCAACUGCAAUUGACGCAUAAUAACUUUGUGAAGUCGGAGUAGACUACGCAUGCGCCCACAGAAAUGUGCGCGAGAUGGGUGCGUACUGGGUCGGAGGCGUUGGAAACGAAGUUUUUGUCGGAGCUGGAGCGUUGUCAGUCGUGGUAGUCUUUUUUACUUACUUCCUGAUAAAGACAAUUGCAAUUCGACGCAGGAUUUACACGGAACGGGGAGACGGCGGUUUGGUUUCAGCGAGAAUGGCUCUGCCUGCAAGAGAUUUAGGCCAUAGAGGAGUCGUUGGUGACAGCGCUGAGCCCGAUAACUGCCCGGUAUGUUUGUCUUAUCCAUCCUUCGCCGUGGAUACCAAUUGUGGCCACACCUUCUGCUCCCGGUGUAUUCUGAGCUACUGGGAACACGAUCAGUGGCCGAGACCUGCACGCUGCCCUGUGUGUAGGAGUCAGGUGUCCCUGUUGCUCCCGUGUGCCGCACUCUCCAGCUCCACCAACCCUGAGCUCUGGCAGAUGGUUCUCGCCUAUAACCAACGCAUGUCCGGCCAGUCAAGAUCUCUGGUGCAAUAUCUCUACGACAUUCCACUGAUUCUGGGUCAUGUCUGGAGACUUCUGUUUACUGCAGAAGGAAUCGCUCUCCUCUGUCGACUCCACAUACUGCUCCUCCUGUUGCUCUCAGUGCUAUAUCUGCUCUCCCCACUGGACCUCAUCCCUGAGGCUGUGUUUGGGGCACUAGGAUUACUAGACGAUCUCAUCAUUCUUGUAGCUGUUGCUACUUA